CAACACGUUGGUAGUUUAGACACAUCCCCUAAUCUUCGACGGAUUUUAGAGACGAUCCCUGGCGACCAAUUUUCAGGUCGGUGGUAGAUGUGAGGGGUACUAGAAUGACGUCAGUAAAAAGUAGGUUUUUUUUCCCUCUGUGCGGCUUGCAAAAGUCAAACCGUGUUUUAAAAGUUUGAAAAGUUACUUGAUGCGAAUCGUCUUAAGUUCCAAGACAGGUUUGAAGCAAAACGAUCUAUCCCAGAACCUGUCGAGUCAUACAAAGGUGAAACGCUGCAGUUUUCAAAAGCUUAUGCGUCUAUUUCAAGAGUUUGAAUAUGACAAUUGAUGAGCAGAAUAUUCUGACGCAUCUAGAAAUUAAUUAAUUCAAGACAACAUUUUGGAUUGUGUGUUCACCGGAAUUCUACGACAUGGGAGUCCUACUAUUAAGCAUUUGCAAACUGGUGCUGGCAAUAACAACAGGUUUAAGCUUGUGCAAAUAUGCAGAUGCUGACUGGAAUGCGACUAGGGCAUCAGAAACUGGUGCUGUGCUCUGCGACAACCUGGAAGAUGACAACUGCACAGAAGUCACUGAGCAUGCACAAAGAAGAGGGCACUUCUCCAAAUGUCCUAAAGAGUACAAACAUUACUGCAUCAAAGGGAAGUGUCGGUAUGUGGUGGAUGAGCAACAGCCAGCAUGCAUAUGUGAAAAUGGUUAUAUUGGAUCCAGAUGUGAAUUACUGGAUUUUUUCUACCAACGAGGCGACCAAAAGCAGAUUAUUAUUGCCAGCCUGAUUGCAGCAAUGGUGCUCUUGAUAAUUCUUAUAAUAUUCAUUUGCAUAUGUGCACAAAAGAGUGAAGCUUAUUUAACACAUAAAAGAGACAAAGGGACUGAAAAAGACGUGUCGGCGGACGAUGUGCCAUAAGCCAGGGAAAAAGAAGGAAGAAACAGAAAGAUUAAACACUUUUUCCAACGAUAACAAAGAGAGUAUUACUGCCAAUUUGGAAACUUCGGAGACAAACACUGUAUAAUAUGGACAAUCGAAGACACCUGCUGGCAGGGUCCUUAUUGCAGAAUGUAACUCCACAGGACAAUCCAGCUAGCUGUGCUAUUACUUCACCCUCCUGUAUAAUAUAUGCCUUUACCCUUCUUUUAUUAGAGCGCUCCUAACAGUGCCGUUGCUAAGCAUACCAUAACCUCCCCUAUUAAAAAUGGUAAUAUCCCCCCCAAUUAAAGCAGCUCAUCUUUUGAUUCCCCCCCUUUCAUACAGACAUUGAUAAGAGUAAGAUGCACAUUGAUCUACACAGAAACAAGACUGGAUUGGACACUGUUUCUAUACUUGUGUUUUUAUUGGAUAGCAUUUAAAAAACAUCUUCAAAUGACUACUAAUUUGGAAAACCUAGCACUGUACAUGUUUUACUGAAUGUUUGUUUUAAUAGAAAAAACGAAACAAAAUGCUUUAUUUUGCAAAUAUAUUUUAUGUAUGUCUAUAAACGAAAUCCUUUCAAUUUUAACCUGGAAAAGACACUGUACAUAAUAUGAAAGCAGUUGAAACCAUCUCUGUGAAAUAGUUUUAAAGCAGUAAAAUAAUUAAUUCUUGAACAGCAAACAUUCUGUGACGUGUAAACAGUCAAGUUUUUUUUUUCAAAUGAUACAGUAGUAGUUAACAUUUACAAAUAAAACUAAAAAUACAAAAAAAUACAGGGUAUCUGGUCCUAAAAUCACACCUGCAAUGGUUGUUUCACUGAGGUGCUUAUAGCUUUUUGUAGUAUUCCAUUGUGCAGUUAAGGACAGUGUGCAAUUACUCUGUUAAAAACAUAUGUCAAGACUUACCUUGUGAAGCAUUUACACUAGUGCAAAGUUUGUAAAUCAUUAGUCGCAAAACUUCCUGAUCUUAAAGCGACUAUAAAGUAACAAAUAACAAAAACUAUAUUAAAUAAAUGCUAUUAUGCUGUGCUAAAACUGCUAGGACGACUGAUUUCAUUAUUAAAACAGCCAGUAUGUUAAUUAAGAGUUUUACGUACAGUACACUUUAAUUGUUUCUUACUAAUUAUGCAAUAUUAGCAGAUUUUCCUUUUACAAAAAUGUUAGAAACCUUGCUCUGGUGUAAAAACUGCUGUACCGUUUUAUCUGUGUGAACAUAUUGGGGUGUAGGUGUAGGUGUGGGGGGAGGUUGUGCCGUAAUGUGUGUGCAUGAUCUGUUAUGCAACAAAAAGAAGUCAGGUAGAAGUAUGUUUUUAAUGCUGUCACUUAGAUGAAAAUUAAGCUGCUGUUGUAAAGAUUUGGAAGUUGACAAAGUUUGAUGAUUAGAUAAAUACCUUGCUUAUUAAUGUGGUAGAGGCUUAUUCAGCAAGUUUGGGGCAACUAUCAGUCUUUGUAAGUAUGAUGUCCAGUGGCCUCUUACUCCUUAGAUACCACCAGGUUAUGGGCCGAGGAACACAGAUAAUCAUGAACUGGAUUUCAUUCAUAUGCCUAUGGAGAUAAUAAGCUAAUGGUAUUAGAACAGUGAUACAGACUAGUAUUCUAAUUAUAUUAAAUCUUAUUUGGUCAGAAGUUUUUUUACCUGUUUUCUGCUCAGAAUAGUCUAGCCAGGCAUGCUUGCCCAAUACAGCAAGCAGGUAAAAUAACAGUAAAAGCAAUCAACAUGGUAGCUUAAACAACCCAAUUAGUAUCAAUUACCAGUGUAAUACUUAAUCAACUAAUAAUUAUCAUUAGAACACUGGAUUUAUUUAACUCAUCACAAUUUCAUACCUGACUAAUACCAAUUCAGGACUAUUUCCGAUAAACUGUAAUUUCAAGUGAAGAUUUCCAGUGUCCUCAACUAUAGUCUGUCCAAGGGUCCAGAAAUGCCAGUAUUUAUAUUUCUCAAAUCACUUUGUUAACAUACUUUUCCAAAUUCUAUCUAUAUAUCCUGCAGUCAUGGCACCUUACAUGUACAACUGAACCCAGGGGUUUCUGAUAUAGCACGUUGUGCACACAAUAGCUACAAAAUAUAUUUUAGCAGUUGUGAGGACUGUCUUAUAUGUGCACUGGAAAGCCAUAUAUUAAAAAUGUACACAUAGGACCUGGCUGGAACAAAAACUUGGAAUGUAAUGCUCCAGGCCCAUUUGUUUCUGAGCUAUGGCAUCUUUAAGUAGUAGAACUGAAGAUGUUUAAAUAAAAUGGCAAGCAUAUAUGUUAUGUGCACCAAAUUAUUCAGCACUGAAAUAGUACAGAACAGUACACUUCCACAUUGACACGUAAGUUUUAACAGUGCAUGAAAAUGGUGGUGGUUUUUUCAUUAAUUGACAGAUUUUAUUCACCAAGUGGUUCAACACAGGAUGUAUACAAACACGUGCACGUUUAUCCCAUCACAAGGAAAUUGUAUUUGGUUUUCUUUCAGCACUAGCAUUCAUGGGUAAAGCAACACUGGACACUGUACAGAAGAGUAACUCCGCACAGUUACCCACAUUUUCACAUUGCACGAAAAAUGGUGUCUGUUUUGACUUUCAUUGUUGGAAUUUUUUGUGCAAAAACAGGAAGUACAGACCUGCACGCACACAUCAUGUGAAACAUGACAGUAACAUGGCUUUACAGAGUGCAAUAUGUCUAAUAGUUCUUUAUAGAAGGGUAAAUUAAAAAAGGAUGUACUGAAUGUAUUAAAAAAUGUUACAUAAGCUACUUGUGUCUUUCUAGCAGAUUUAGAAUACAAGUUUCUUUUUAAAUGGAAAGUAUAAUGUUCUGCAUCAUGCAUAAACCAGCAUAUUCUAUAUUCACAAUUAUUUCUAGAGAAAAUAUAGUUAAUGUAUUUAAGUGCAUACAUAUAUUGUUUUAACAUUGACAUAUUUCUCACCUAAUAUAUAUUGAAUAUAUUGAUAUAUUAAAUGUAUCAUCGCACACAAAUGGAUGUUAUUUUAAAGAAACACUUUUGUAAAGAAAAGUAUUGCUUGUUUAUAAUUAUGCUUUUAUUUAUGUAUUCUAAAUAUGUGUAAUUCUGACUAAGAUGGUCUUGUGGUUUGAAUAAAAAUAAAACUUAUGAGCAUAAA